UGUUUCACGACCCGGAAGUGGGGGGAAAUAUACAAUUUUCGUUAGCAAUAGAUGAUAGUGACACAUGUUUAUUCAGCUCCCAGAGACAAACACAGAGACAGUUUAAAAACCAGGCCUAAUUCUGAAUCCCAUCAUUCAUCUGCCAACAUAAACAGAUUUUUGGAGAAAGAAGUUUCCUUCACAAAGAGAAAGAAUGCACGGACGUCUAAAGAUUAAAUCUACUGCCCAGCAGGAGGAGGAGAAAAGAAAGGAACGAGAGAAGAAACUUAAGAUAUACGUUGCUGCACGAGAUGCGUGUUUCGAUAAGAGGAAGAAUGGUAUUUUGGAUGAUGAGGCUCUACAGCUCACUCAGCAGCUGCUUUCGUCCAAUCCUGACUUUGCGACCUUGUGGAAUUACAGAAGAGAGAUACUGAUGCACCAAGAAACUGUGAAGGAUGAGGAUGAAGUGCAGAAGCUGUACGAAGCAGAGCUGUCAUUUUUGGAGUCUUGCCUGAAGGCGAAUCCAAAGUCUUAUGGCUGCUGGCACCACAGAUGUUGGGUCUCUGCGCGAUUGCCUCGACCCAAUUGGGCCAGAGAGCUGAGCCUGUGUGAUCUCUGUCUGAGUGUGGACGACCGCAAUUUCCAUUGUUGGGAUUAUCGCCGUCUGGUUGUGAAGAUGUCUGGUGUGCCUGUGGAUCAGGAACUGGAGUUCACCGAUCGACUUAUUGGCUCCAACUUCUCCAACUACUCCAGCUGGCACUACCGCAGCACCCUGCUGCCACUCCUCCACCCGGAGUCUCCUGAGGCGCCGUCACCAUGUCUCAAGGCUCCAGAAACCUCCCCUCCACCUUCUCCGCAAACUCAGUCCCAUCGUGUCUGUGAAGAGCAGCUACUCAAAGAAUAUGAGCUUGUACAAAAUGCUUUCUUCACCGACCCCAACGACCAGAGUGCUUGGUUCUACUAUCGCUGGUUGCUAGGUCGAGCGGAACGGGAUGAGAUGAUCAGCUGUGUGUUCAUUAGCCGGGAAGACGAGAGAGUAGCGGUUGCCUUUUCCAGGCCUGUUAAUGCGCAGACAAUUGGCCUGCUGCUGGUCCUGGAUGGUCAGCCUCAGAGGGUGGAGUGGAGGAGUGUCCACCCACGUUUCAAAUUCUGCCCCGUCUGGAUUUGUGACUUGCCUCAUGGAACGAUAAGCGACAUCACUAAUGAGCACAACCUGACCGUGCAUUGGACUGAAAAACCCACUCACAAAGACUGUGCUCUUUACACAGGUCGAGCUGAGAGUUACUGUCGGGAUUCUGCUACAGAUCAGGAACUUUUCAGGAGUGAACUCUCUGUGGAGAAAACCUCCGUGUUACAGUCAGAGCUCCAGACAUGCAAUCAGCUUCAAGAAAUGGAGCCACUCAAUAAAUGGUGCUUACUGACUAUUAUCCUCCUGAUGAGGGCGCUAGAUCCUCUGGGAUAUGAAAAGGAGACUCUCAAUCACUUCAAAACACUUCGAGAAGUGGAUUCAAUGCGCUCUGCAUAUUACAGUGAUUUGUGUAGCAAGUUUAUGAUAGAAAACACCAUCAUGAAAAUGGAGUAUGCUGAAGUGCGCGUCUUCAGUAUUUCUGACAAGAACCUGACGACUUUAUGCCACCUGGACCAGCUCUUAUUGGUCACCCAUAUCAAUCUGUCCUCUAAUCAGCUGCAGCGGCUGCCUCCUCAGUUUGCUAUGUUGCAGUGCCUAGAGGUCUUGGAGGCUAAUAACAACUCCAUAGAAAAUCUAGAGGGACUGUAUCGUCUUCCAAAACUGGAGGAAGUCCUAUUGAAGAAUAACAAAAUUUCUACAGUGGCAGAUCUCAAGCCACUGGCCUCCUGCCCCAAGCUGAAGCGCCUUGAUCUCUGUGGCAACCCCGUCACUCAGAUCACCAACAUCGGGUCAGAGUUAGCCGAGCUGCUGCCCUCAGUCACCGACCUCCUGCUCUGAUCAGAUCAGAGAGUUGGAGUGACUGCCACCGUCGUCCUGUUGUCCUUCACUCUCUUGUGUGUGUUUAUUUUAAUAAGGGGUUUGUUUGUAUCAAGUGUCUUGUGACUUUCUUUGUCCCACUUGUUUGGGAGAGUGUCAAUCACAGCGACCCCAGAGGUCUGAAAGCCUCAUGCUUCAAAGCUUAUGUCAGAAGCCUCCAACAACUUCAGUGAACUGUCAAUAUUAUUCUGUGUGAGUGCUUAUCAACCAGUUAUGGUUUUCCCCUGUUGUGUGUAUGUAUGGGUGUCCUUCAUACAACACCUCCAGAUGCAUGCAGAAACGCGGAAACAUGAAGUAAAAUCACUGUAUUGUGCUCAGCAAAGUUGGCUUCUUUCUUCUGUAAACUUUAAAACUAUUGAAUUGUUGGGGAAUGUGAGCUUAUAAUAAAUCAAUUCAGUUUUACUUGUAUAGCACCAAAUCACACCAUACUGCACAUUAUCUCAACAACAUUAUGGAAAGGAGAAACCCAUCAGUUCACACAAUGAGCAAACACUAGGCACUAGUGGACAGAAAGAACUCCCUUUUAACAGAAAUAAAUCUCUGACAGAACCAGAAUCUGCCCUGACAGGUUGGGGUGAAAGGAAAAAAGGGAGACAGAUUCAGAGGGGCAUGAGAAAAGGAAAGAGAGAGACCAGGACCAGAUCUUUAACAGUUGUAUAAGUUAUAGGUUUAGACAGGGGCCACAUGGAGUUUGCAUGUUCUUCACCGUGUGUGUGUCCCACAGUCCAAAAACAUGAAGAUUUGGUGGAUUGGACACUCUAAAUUGACCGUGAGAGUGGAUGGUUGUUGUCUCUAUGUGGCCCUGCGAUGGAUUGGCGAACUGUCUAAAGUGUUCCCCCGCCUUUCACCCUAUGUCAGCUGGGAUUGACACCAGUGCCACUCUCAACCCUCAUGUGCAGGGUAAAGCGUUAGAAGAUGAAUGAGUUCUGCAUCGGUUGUGAUGUGUUUGUCGUACUACAAUGUUAGCAUAGAUUGUUGAAAAAACUGAUCACAGCAUAACAAAGAAGACCAUACGACUACUGCUAAUGAUAAUAAUAACAGCCUUUCAGCCUGGGGGUCACUUGCAAGAUGAGGGCAGUGAUAGAGAGAGAGAGGGCAGGAAGGAAAGACUCAUCAUUCUCAUCUGCUUUUAUCUAAAAAGGAUGUGGAAAGCAUUUCACGUAUGAUGAUAUGUUGCACAGUUUUUCACUUAUCAAAUAAAACAGCACACAUUGUGUCACUGCCUUCGAA